AUGCUCAGACUGAAGCCCCGCUUGCCCCGGCUACAGCCUCCUCACCGCCAUGCAUCCACGUCCUCAGUAACCCCUUCUGCCCGCUCGCCCCCCUCCUCGCUGCGUACCGGUCUGUACGCCUCUGCGCUCCUCCUCUCCACCGGUGUCUUCGCCGCGUACUACUUCGACUCGCGCGCCGCGCUGCACAGAUACGUCGUCACCCCCGUCCUCCGGCACACCCUCGACCCGGAGACCGCGCACCGGCUCGCCGUGCGCGUCCUCGCGAGCGGGUGGGCGCCGCGCGACACCCGGCCGGACGACGAGGUGCUCAGGACCGAGCUCUGGGGCGAGGAGCUCGCGAACCCGGUCGGCCUCGCGGCGGGCUUCGACAAGCACGGCGAGGCUGUCGACGGGCUCUUUGAUCUCGGGUUUGGCUGGGUGGAGAUCGGGAGCAUAACCCCGAAGCCGCAGCCCGGCAAUCCGCGCCCGCGCAUGUUCCACCUCGCGAGCGACGAUGCAGUGAUUAACCGAUACGGUUUCCCAUCGGACGGACACACGCUGGUGCUCGCACGACUGCGCGCGCGCAUCUCGCCGUUCAUACAGCCUGACGCAGCGUCACAUGCCUCGCUCCGCCCGGGCGCGCUCCUAGCGGUGAACCUUGGCAAGAACAAGACGUCCCCCGCAGACUCAGCCGCCGACUUCGUCGCGGGCGUGCAUGCGUUCGCACCGUACGCGGACGUGCUCGUCGUCAACGUCUCGAGCCCGAACACCCCCGGACUUCGAUCACUCCAGGGGCGCGAACAACUGCAGACGCUGCUCGACAGCGUCACGCGCGCGCGUGACGAGGUCGUCGCGUCCGCGUCGGCCUCGGGCGAGCCAGUUCGCCGCCCGCGCCUGUUGCUCAAGAUCGCGCCGGACCUCGAGGAGGCAGAGGUCGCAGACAUCGCCGCGGUCGUGCGCAACAGCGCUGUCGACGGCGUCAUCGUGAGCAACACGACCGUGCGCCGGCCGGACAACCUCAUAGACCCGAACAAGGCGGAGGCGGGCGGAUUGUCGGGGGCGCCGCUGAAGCCGUACGCGCUCGCGACGCUGCGUGCGCUGCGCCGCGCGCUGCCCGCGCGCGUGCCGGUCGUGGGCUGCGGAGGCAUCGCGAGCGGCGCGGACGCGCUGGAGUUUGCGCGCGCGGGCGCGGCGGCGGUGCAGGUGUACACGAGCUUCGGGUACGACGGGCCCGGCGCGGUGCGGCGGAUCAAGGACGAGCUCGCUGCGGCGCUGCGGCGGGAGGGCACGACGUGGGACGCGGUGGUGCGGGAGGCGGUGGAGAGGCUCAGUCUGCCGGAGGGGGAGGGGAAGGUGGAGGGGAAGGGGACGAUCAGGCAGCUAACGGAGGAGGCGGAGGAGCUGAUGCGGCUGGUCGACGGGCUGGCGGCACAAGCCAGCAGGGUUUCGAUAUCCGCUAUGGGCAUACAGCUUGGAAAUCUACUGGUGUCAUGA